UUUGUAUAGUGAGAAGGAUUGGAAUCUCGCGGUAUAUCGACACUUCUCGCGUAUCGUGAGAUGUUGCGUACUCGCCACUAUACAUUGCUACUCGCCUGUAUGUGUAAAUAUCCGGUUAUAUCGCUUGGUUGACAACGUUAUGAACACACACAAUUAUUUUGCUUUCUUUAUGGUAAGCUACGCUCUAUUUACGAUAUUUUGUUGAGACUUAACGAUGAAAUAAUUCUUAUUUCUCUUAAAUUACAAAGUGAUUAUUACCUAAAUCGACCAAAAGGAACUGUUGGCGUUUAUAAAGUCUAUCUCUGCAAUUUUCGUAUUAAAAAUGAAGUUUGUAAAUUUUAUAUUCAUGCCGGUAAAAGAUUAAAGUUGAAUAUUCCCCCUCAUGUGACCGCAGUUUUGAUAGUCCAAUAUUAUCAUCUUGAUGAUCAUUUACUCAAAGAGGUAGAUGAAAUACUUAUUUGAUUGUCGCAGCUUGUUGUUUGACUUUCUGUUUUUAUAAAUACGGAUUAUUUUUUUUUAAAUAGUUCUUUGUUAUUCAAUUAAGCAAGGCACUGCUUGUAAUUGGAAUAUAUUUUUGUGGUGAUUAGAUUAAUUAGGUAAAGAAUAUAUAUAAUUAAAUAAUUUACAACCUUUAAUCUCAGACAUUACAUUUAAAUAAAAAAAGAAUUAAGAUGAUUAAUCAAAUGAAGUCUUUGAUCUCAAUAUCAGAACAAGCUAAGAUAUAUUAUAAAAUGGGAUAUUUAUUUAUCAACUUUCAGUUAAAAUUAUCAUUCAAUGUUACAACCAUGUCAGAUUUUUUAUCUUGGGACCAAGAUAUUGACCUUGAUCUUUUGUUAGGUGAAUUUACUGAGUAUGAUCCAGAACCAAGUGACAGUGAUGAAGAAUGUUACAAUGCUAAAAAGAAAAAGUCUGAACCUGUACCAGAUGCAUGUAGUAAACCAUCAUACAGUUGCCCUGUGUGCAAAAAGACUCUGAAAACAAUUUCAGGCUUCCGUGGUCAUGUCCAGAAACAACAUGGACAAAAUCUGAGAGCAACAGACCAUCGCACACAUGCAGAUAGUAAACUACCUAGCACUGUGGUCCGUGACUCUUUAAAUGAAAGUUCAUUUGCUGAAAUAUUCCCUACAGCUUUGCAGUCCAGUUUGUCUAACAUUGCUAAUGAUCCAUUUACUAUCAAUGACAGUAUUACCGACAUAUGCAAAUUUGUGACCAAUUCAGCACUAGUGCAAGACAUUUUGUUGAAAUAUUUCCAACAUAUUUUUGUUGUACCAACAAGCAACAUAUCUUCCUCAUGUGACAGAGAGCAGAUGUUUCGCCGUUUACAUAUAAGUAGAGUUAAUCCAGAAUUAACAAAGACUUUUGGCUCACAUUGUCCAUCUCAUUCAUUAAACUCUAUUAACUUAUUUCUACAGAUGGUACAUGAAGAUAUUGUUGGUGAAAUUUUUAAAGUUCAGACAAUGACAGCUGUACAUAAAUCAACAACAGAUCAGCAAAAGUUAACCGAAAAUGACCAAAGCAUUCUGUAUUAUAUUGCUGGUUACACCAUUCGUGCCCUACAGAAGAGAUACACCAGGUACUCUACUAAGAAGUUGUCCGUCAUUAAUAAAUUUACAGACAAUUCCUCUUGUGUUAACUUUGUGAAAACAUAUGACAAGUGGUACAAGACGCAAGACCGUGGUGGCCUUCAGAAACCAUCAGAUUCCCUAUUUUUAUUAAUUCGUGAAUUAGAGACAGUUAUUCGUAAAACAGUUCAGCCUUCAUACAGUGCUAGUUCGCUUCUUAUUGAUCCUUUAAAAGAAGCUAUGAUGGAAGCGUUCAUGGUGAAACAUUAUUGUGACAUCCUUAUGCAAGGUGAAACUGCAGAUAUUGUGUCAACUAUAACUGAAGACAUCAUUCAUUUGUUUUUAACCAUCCGUGGCUUUGCUGUUACUCGUAUAGAACGAAAUAAACUGACCAAACAAGCAAAAUCUCAAACAUCAUCCAGUCUAAGACAAGCCUUGAAAGGGAAAUCUUUAAAUUGUUGACACUGUGAAAUUUACUUUUGUGUCUGUUCACACAUGAAAUGUAAUGAUUAUUUAAAUUAUUUCCACAUGAUCUUGAUGUAACUGUUGUUUGAACAUGGAUGAUAUUUAAAAAAAAGUGAAAUAUAUACAUGUCUU